AUGUUAUCGUGAAAACUGAAUGUUACUACACUGUAAUUUUUUUAGAAUCACGGUGGUGGCCCACUAGAGCUAUAUCUUCAGCAACAAUGCUUGCUUCUUCUUACUCGUUCUACUUCCCAACCGUGGAAGUUCAAUUUCAAAACAAAAAACUGAAAAAGAAAGAAGAAGAAGAAGAAGAAGGAAAAUGUUAGGGUUAGGUUGCUUAAACCUGAAUCGAUUAUCUCAUUUUCAUUCUCCACCUUCUCUUCAACCUUCACGUUCUGAUUUAUUGAAAGUUGCAACUCGAAGAUUCACUGCUUUAUCUGUUGCCAAAACUCAACAAUCUUCAUCAUCACCUUCAUUGAGUUCUAAGACUCAAUCAUCUCCUCCUACCUUAUCUAUUGACAUUGAUAAUCCUGCUAGUGUGAAAAGACAGUUAGCACAGCUGUUUGAUGUUUCUCUAAAGACAAUUGUGCCAGAUGAGGAAGAUGUUGUGCCCUUAGUUGAUGUUUGCACCGCCAAAACUGGCAGUGUAAAAUUCGGUGAUUAUCAAUGUAAUAAUGCAAUGGGUAUAUGGUCGAAGCUCAAAGGGAAGGAAACUGGAUUCAAAGGCCCCCCUGCUAUUGGACAGGCCAUCAUUAAGAAUCUUCCUCCAUCUGAAAUGAUAGAUUCAUGCUCUUUAGCUGGUCCGGGAUUUGUUAAUGUUGUCUUGUCAAAGCACUGGAUAGCUCAGAGCGUACAAAGGAUGCUAAAUGAUGGUAUUGAUACCUGGGCACCUCGACUUCCAAUCAGGAGGGCUAUGGUUGAUUUUUCCUCUCCUAAUAUAGCAAAGGAAAUGCAUGUUGGUCACCUUAGAUCUACCAUAAUUGGAGACACAUUAGCCCGCAUGCUUGAAUUUUCACGUGUGGAACUUGUUACCCGUCGGAAUCAUGUUGGUGACUGGGGAACACAGUUUGGGAUGCUGAUCGAAUACCUUUUUGAAAAAUUUCCAAACCAAGAAGAUGUUAGUGAAACAGCCAUCGGAGAUCUUCAGGCAUUCUAUAAGGCAUCUAAAGUGAGGUUUGAUGAUGAUCCCGAAUUUAAGCUGAGGGCACAACAGGCAGUGGUUCUGCUCCAGAGUGGGGAUACCAGGUAUCGCAAGGCAUGGCAACAAAUUUGUGAUAUUAGUAGGGCUGAGUUUGACAAGGUCUAUCAACGUCUUGGAGUUCAACUGGAGGAAAUGGGAGAGAGCUUCUAUAAUCCAUAUAUCCCCGGGGUUAUUGAGAAGCUGGAUAAAUUAGGAUUGGUGGAAGAUAGUGAUGGUGCUCGUGUGAUAUAUGUUGAGGGUGUAAAUAUACCAAUUAUUGCUGUGAAAAGAGAUGGUGGCUACAACUAUUUUUCAACCGAUCUCGCAUCGCUUUGGUAUCGUCUAAAUAAAGAAAAACUCGAGUGGAUUGUAUAUGUUACUGAUAUUGGGCAACAACAACACUUUGAUAUGCUAUAUAAGGCCUUUAGGCGUGCAGGUUGGCUUCCACGGAAUGAGAACGCGUAUCCAAAAUGUACCCAUAUAGGUUUUGGUCUUGUUCUUGGGAAUGACGGAAAACGAUUUAGGAGUCGGAGCAGUGAGGUUGUUCGUUUGGUUGAUUUGCUUGAUGAAGCUAAAAGGCGCUGUAAAACUGCCCUUCUUGAACGUGAUACAACUAAUGAUUGGUCUGAGGAGGAGAUUGAGAGAACAUCAGAGGCAAUUGGUUACGGGGCUGUUAAGUAUGCUGACUUGAAGAUCAACAGAUUAACGAAUUACAAGUUCGAUUUUGAUCAGAUGCUUAGUGAUAAGGGGAAUACAGCAGUUUAUUUGCUCUAUGCACAUGCUAGGAUUUGUUCUAUCAUCAGGAAAUCGGGUAAAGACAUUGAAGAAGUAAAGAAGAAUGGGGUUAUUGUUUUGGAUCAUGAAUCUGAGCGUUUAUUGGGGCUUCAUAUACUACAAUUUCCUGAGGUUUUUGAGGAGGCAUGCAGCAAUUUAUUGCCUAGUGUGUUGUGUGAUUACCUCUAUACCUUGGCAGAAAUCUUUACGAAAAAGUUCUAUUCUAAUUGUCAGGUUGUAGGAACACCUGAGGAAACUAGUAGACUUUUGCUAUGUGAAGCAACUGCAGUUGUGAUGAGAAAGUGCUUUUAUCUCCUUGGAAUUGAACCUGUUUACAAAUUAUAACCCAUCUGAAGGAGUUCAAAUAAUAUUUUUUUUUCAUAGGAUUAUUAUUAUUAUUAUUUUUAUAAAAAGCUUCCAAAAUGAAAUUUGUUUUGGCAAAUUAUCUCAUCCUUUUUGUUUAUUGUAUUUGCAUGAGAGGUGUAAGAGGGAAAGUUGUAAUUUUUUAUAGCAUUGUUACUGGAAACUGAUAAGGUUCUCAAAUUCAUUUCUUUUGUUACAAGAAUCCAUGUAUAUUCUGCUUAACUUGCGUUCCAAGUGAAAUGACAAGAUUUGGACGUUAUGUGGAUUCUAAUGGACUAGGCAAAAAUGAAAA